CGUCAUGCACAAUAUGGGGCUUUUUCUUGUACAUUAUUAUUGAGAAUUUCCCCAAAACUAUACACGUAUAGGAAAAUUCGCUUCGAUUUUCUGGACUCUUUCGAUUUAACGAAGAGAGUCCAGAAAAUGGGACGCACGAUGAUAUAUUUGUCAGUUGCAUAAUUGAAACAAGAAUUAAAAUUCUGAAUUGUGUUCGAUUUGAAUGUUCCUUAUCUUUUUCGAUUUUUUAUUUGGUAUCUUUUUGCAUUAAUUCAUUCAAUUGUCAACCCUUAGGGUUCUUGUUCAACCUAAGUACUACUAAACCUAAUGAUUUGACCCAGAGUGAUUACCAAUUUCUGUUGUGAUGCCGCAAAAGGAUUCAUCUAAGUCAUGUGGAUGCUUCGGCUCUCUUUUCGGAAAGAAACCUUCAGGAUCCGGGAAAGGGAAAAAUCCCUCGGGGAGGAGUAGAAUCAUUCGGGCAGCAAGUAAUCACCUUUUGAGCAGUAGUAAGAAAAAGUCUGGAUCACCAAAGAAGGCUCAACCUUCCACAAAUGAGGUGGUGCAGAAGUCGGAUGGUGUAGCUGACAAAUUGAUCACAACAUCUGAGCUUCAAAAUAAGAUCAUAAGCUUUAGAGAGUUGCUCAAUUUGCCUCCUUGUAUCAGUUCUUUAACCAUUACAGAGUUGGUGAAAGACACGGUGAAAGAACUUCAUAAUUUACAUCCUGAUGUUGUGCAAUGUGGUUCAGUGUCAAUGUUAGAUUCAGGAGCUAUGCCUAAGGCAAUCAAUGAGCUUUGUGAAUCUAUCAAGUCUCUUGGGAAGCAUUGGAUGCAAAGUGAUGAAUGGAUGAUUAGAUCCAAGAAUGAUGAUGAAGCUAAUGGCGAUUUGGAAAGACAUGCACUGGAUUUGCUUGAUGACAUAAUUAAUGUGGCACGAGUGAGAAGAUUUAAUAAAAAGGAUACGGAUGAUGAUGAUGAUGAUAAAGAAAUAAAAGAAGAUGUUGACUCACCUUCUAGUUCAUAUGGAAAGUCUUUCAGAAGGUCGAAUGUUGACAAAGAAAGAUGUUCAUCUUCACCAACAACCCCAACUUCAGUUCUUCUUGAGUUUCCAAAUAACAAAUCUGCAAAGGCAUGCUCAAAAGUCGGACAGAGACUUGCUCUCGAUUUGUUGUUUAUGGAAAAAGACGAGAAUGCCCUUCUUAUCCCGGUCAUUGUCCAGAUGGAUCCUCAUGUGGUACACGUAAACAUGGUGUCUGAAGUAGAUGAAGAUGAUGGAGAUUGUGAUAAAGAUGAAGGGAAGAAUAAAGAUGGAAAUGGAAAUGGAAAUUCUGAUGGGCUUGUAAGAGCACAUAUGGAGAUUUCUGUACCACCAUCUGUGUUAAAAUCAAUUGUGGAUGCUGAGAAUAUAUUGAUUCCUGCAGCAACUUCACCAUCAUCACCUUCUGAAAGACCAUCAAUUUCAGCAGCAAUCAUAUCGCCACCACAACAGCUGUUGGUUUCAGAAGAAAGUCAGCCACCACCACAGCCAAGUGGCAAGUUGGAGAUUUCACCACCACCGCCACCGCCACCGCCUCCACCACCACCACCACCACUAGAUCUCUCGGUGGGAGAAAAUGAUACAACAACACCAAAGCUGCCUCCGCCGCCACCAUCAAUGGCUACAAGUAAUACAACAUCACAGUCAGAUCCACCACCUCCGCCACAUUCACCAGCACCUCCACCACCACCACCGCCACCACUAGAGAAACCAUAUAUGGCUUCUUCUGAUGAUUCAACCCCACCUCAACAAGCUCCAUUGACAACACCAUCACCACGUUCACCUGCACUUUCAUCACCGCCACAUAUGACUCCAGGACCACCACCUCCUCCACCAGCUCCCGUGGCAUCUGGAAGCAAUCCACCACCAGCUACAUCAGCACUCCCACCACUACCACCAUCGGCACCAGGCAAUGCCAUGCCUGCAUCCCUAGGAUCACAUCCUCCUCUACCACCUCCCACAGCAUCCGGAAACAUUCCACCACCACCACCAUCAUCGUCUAAAGGAUCAGUGCCAGCACCACCACCAGCAGCAUCUAGAAGCCUUCCACCACCACCACCGCCAUCGUCUGGAGGUUCAGUGCCAGCACCACUACCACCAGGACGACAAGGCAAAGGGGGUGGUGGUGGGGGUGCUCCACCACCACCACCUGCGGUUGGUGGUAGUGGAAAAUUGCUACGUAAAUCAGUUAGUAAACUGAAGAGAUCAUCUCAGAUGGGAUGCCUGUAUCGUCAACUAAAAGCAAAGGUUGAAGGAUCAAAUUCAAAGGCUACAGGUAAAUCACCACAAAAGAAAGGCAGUAAAGUCGGUGCUUCUGGUGGAAAUGGAAAACAGGGAUUGGGAAUGGCUGAUGCACUAGCAGAAAUGACAAAAAGAUCAUCUUACUUUCAGCAAAUCGAAGAGGAUGUAACAAAAUAUUCAGACGCCAUUAAAGAAGUGAAAGUUGCCCUCGCAUCUUUCCAAACAUCAGACAUGAACGAGCUCAUAAAGUUCCACAAAUACGUGGAAUCCCAUCUUGAGAAACUAACUGAUGAAACACAGGUUUUGGCAAGGUUUGAAGAUUUUCCUAGUAAAAAAUUGGAAGGAUUGAGAAUGGCGGGAGCUCUAUACUCAAAGCUAGAUACGAUUUAUACAGAUUUACAAAAUUGGAAGAUAGAGCCUCCUGUGAAUGACCUUCUUGAUAGAGUUGAGAAUUACUUCAAUAAGAUCAAAGAAGAAAUUGAUGCACUAGACAGAACAAAGGACGAUGAACUCAAGAAAUUUAAAAGUCAAAAGAUCCAUUUUGAUUUUGGUAUACUUAUUAGGAUCAAAGAAUCGAUGGUGGAUGUUUCCUCAGGCUGCAUGGAAUUGGCACUAAAGGAAAAAAGAGAGACAAGUUCAUCAAAAAAGAAUGAAAAAAAAGAGACAAGUUCAUCAAAAAAGAAUAGCAAAAAAACGGAUUCGGGGAAAAUCCUUUGGAAGGCAUUUCAGCUUGCGUUUAGGGUCUACUCGUUUGCAGGCGGACAAGACGAGCGUGCUGAAAACUUAACAAAAGAGAUCGCACAACAAAUACAAGCCGAGACUUUGCACUAGUAUUUAUUAUUACUCUAUGGGAAACAAGCUUUAGUUGAAAUGUAUAUAUAUAUAUAUAUAUAUAUAUAUAUAUAUAUAUAUAUAUAUAUAUAUAUAUAUACCUUGUAGCACAAUAUUGAGCCAUUUGAGGUGCUUGAUAACACUCACAUAAGAGCUUUGGGGUUGAGCAAUGUGUUAUGCUAGGUUUAUGUGCAUUGUGUCCUAUAUGUAAACAAA